AUGGGAGAGCUCAACAUCAUCAACGCCUGGCACGGCAGACGAUCCAGCAACAUCUGCAAAGGCGACGGAUCCGCCACCUCUAUCUGCACCGGUCCAGGCACCAUCGCCAACCUCCGAAACAAGGUCCAGGCUGACUGCAACGGCAUGGCUUCUUGCGUUCUCGAAGCUUCCAACGAAUACGCUGGCUCUGAUCCUUGCCCUGGCUCUGACAAAUACAUCCAGGUUCAAUACGAGUGCGUUGAGCCCGAAGGAUCCGGCUCUGGAGACGGAAACUAA